AUGGAGCGAGAUACAUAUGCCUUAUAUAAUACACUAGGAGUGUCUAAGAAUGCCGCUGAAGAAGAAAUUAAAAAGGCCUAUCGUCGGCUGGCAUUGAGAUAUCAUCCGGAUAAGAAUCCGAAUGCUACCGAUGAGUUUAAAGCUAUCACACAUGCCUAUGAAAUACUGAGUGACCCUAAGAAACGAUCGGUUUAUGACAAAUAUGGAGAAAUGGGAAUCAGUAUGCUCGACUCUAUGGCAGGUUUUCUCUUCGACCCGGACAUCGAAGGACCUCUCUGCAUGCUGUUCACCAUUAUCUCCGUUUCUAUUAUUCUUAUAGUCCUCUUCCUAACCUUUCUUGCAAUACGAGCGGACAACAGAGUGAGUUGGAGUUAUACAGCAGUGUUUCUACCGAUAUGGAUAGUGGACGUGGUGGUGUUUAUCGCUUUGCUGGUACAAGUACGAAAAGAUCCUUUCGAAGAGAACGACAAUGACAAUGACGAAUAUGAAGGAUUGUACAGUGAUGAUCCGAACGUACGAGAACAAGCACGAAAAAAUAGAAAGCGACAACAGAGAUUUCUUCAUCGAGUUAGAAACUCUCUUUUAAUUGCCUAUGCAGUAUUGGUUUUGCUGUUCCAGAUAUUUAUCGCACUGAAAGCGGACGAGUCGAUUACAUGGUCAGCUGCCGUAGUCUUUGCCCCUUACUUCUUUAUUGAGCUCCUUAAUCUGUAUCCAAUUUUAAUGGAAUAUCUCGUAGAGUUGAAAACAGCCAAAGCACUAGACGAAGACGGUCUUCCAUCCGUGAAGGCUAAACUAUUAUUGGCAUUCGAUAUGCUCUUCUGGUUUAUAAUCAGACUGUCUCUUGCUGUAUUGAUUGUACUCAAAAUCGACGAGACCAUUACUGUCAGUUGGGGAGUAGUAUUCAUCCCUCUUUAUUUGGUUGGCUUAAAGUACGGGCUGGUGCUUCUAUUACAGUAUAUAGCAUUGAAGAGAGCUGAGCCACUACAGAACAGAGGAAUGGCAAAUUUGGUUGGAUUUGGUAUAGCGUAUAUCGUAUCAUGCGCAUUACUCUAUGCUCUUGUGGGAUUACUUGCCGCACGAUUGGAUGGUCAUACGGGGAUUAGGAUGUCAUCGGUUUUCAUUCCAGUAUUUAUUACGCUUUCCAUUCUUUUCUGCUGUACGGGAUGUUGCAUGCCAUGUGCAUUAUUUGGAUGGGGUCCAGGUGAUGAUUUGGAGGGAACAAAUUCUACCUCACCAAUAUCUCCUAAUCGACGUAUAACGUAUGCAACUAGUUUGGAUGAAUUUUCACCAAAUCCUUAG